GUAAACUGUCGCUAUCGAGCGAAAUUUUGUUAUGAAAAUAGUAACAAAGUACGUGAAUUCGAUUCGAAAUGUAAGGAAUUAAAACAUUUCGAAGACUUUAUGUACUAAACUGAUACAAAUAACUCUGUUGUUUUUAAAAUACGUCUUUGAAAUAUAUAAAGAAAAUGACGGAUCGUUCCAUCGCGUCAAGGCCUAGUCUUGAGCAAGUGAUUGCAAUAGUGGACUUCAUGGAGAAACAUCCUGCUUUAGGGUUGGGUCAAAUGAGAGGUCUUGAGAAGAGGGAUGAAUGCAAAAAGCUUUGGUUUAAAUUAACAAAGAUUGUCAACAGCCUCGGUGGACCUAAUAGACCAAUGAAAUCUUGGGUUAAAUAUUGGGCAGAUAAGAAAUCAACAAUCCGGUCAAAAGUUCAAUCCAGUAAUGGUGAUCCUAACACCUUAAGUUCAAAUAUAGAAAAAAAAAUAUGGGACCUGUUCUUGGCUAAUGAUUCAUCAAAGGAUCGGAGUUCUGUAAAACAAGAGUCUCAUUACAUGGACGAAUCAUUCUACAAUGAAGACAGCGGCGAGCAUCAAAUAGAGAGCGAACCCGUGUUGACUUUUGAGGAACCUAUGGUUGACUUAGAAGAACGACAAAUGCUUGUUAUGGAGAAACUGGUUAAAAUAAUGGGAGAUCAAGCGAACGCAUUAUCCCAGUUGGCGCACGCUUCUCAUGUUAAUGCACAAGCUAUGGAGAGAUUGGCGGAGGCAUCACAAAUACAGGCACGAGCUGUAGAGAGACUGGCUACAUCUUUCGAAGCCAUCGGUACUUCCACACACGACGUGAGGAACGCGAUGGUCGACAUUGACUCCACUAUGAAGAGGUUUUAUAACACUUCGCCCGCCUAGCACAGAUAUAUGUAGGCGGUGAUCACAUGGCAACACUCAUCGCCUUGGGGUUACCAUUGCAAAACACCAUUUUGGUAUUAUUU